AUUUUGAUUACGUGCAGUCCCAGCAUUAUGGUAACCUUCCAGCUCUUCCUCUCUGUGUACUAUCCCCCCUCGGUAGUGGCCCGUGCACAAAUAGCGAAAUACCUAACAUACUGAAGGUUAGGUACAUCCUAGAGAAAUAACGCAACACCAAUACCUCCUAAACCCAUAUUCAUAGUAUUUUAUACCGCCAAUCAUUAUGGAAGAUAGGGCAGAAGCAACUCGGACGGCCCACAGCGGCGGUUUUGUGUUUAUCACAAACGAUAGACCUCCAAUAGAGACCGGCUCCCCGUCGAAUCAGAGAGGAAAGAAGCGUCCGCAUCACAAGAGCCGCCAUGGAUGUCUCGCUUGCAAACGGCGAAGAGUUAAGUGUGACGAGCAGUCCCCCUGUUCGAACUGUUUGAAGAGGAGUGAAAGAUGCAUCCACUCAACAGCUGAUAUAUACAAAAAUAACAACAGGUUGAGUCCAUGCAUUUCUCAACCUACUAGUCAUCCUGUUUCGGAUGACACCAAGAUCAAUUUACUACAUUUAGAGCUAUUCUAUCAUUUUCAAAGGGAUAUUAUGAACACCCUCGCCUUCUCUGAAAUCUGGCCGCACGUUCUUCCGUGGUCAUUCCAGGAACCCUACAUCAUGUGUACGAUUCUCUGUCUUGCGGCCACCCACAUCUCUACCCUACGACCUCAAGUUCCUCGCUAUUCUCGUGUCGCUCUCCAACUAUUAGGAAAGUCGGCCUCGCUCUUUAGAGGAAAGCUGUCCAAUCCUGUCACGGCCCAGAACAUCGAAGCUCUGAUAGCAACUUCUGUCAUCAUGCACUACAUUUCGUGGAGUCAUGUAGAGUUCCUUGAGGAGCGGGACCAGUUUCCAAACUACAAAGGACAUGACAAUUUGAUCAUGCGCCUUUCACAAGACCCCCUCUUCCAGCUAAGCUCCGGAGUACGAGGUAUACUUUCUGAGGCAUACCUAAUCCUCUGGGGUAGCGACAGUGUGUUCCUUUCUGCAAGUAUUUACAGUCCAAAGGCUGCGAUAGAAGAAACCAUCCUGCAAUAUGGAGACAACCCCUAUAGAUUUGUCAACUACUUCAUGGCAAUCUGGGAUGAUCCUCGCUAUCAGCCACAAUUAUCUGAGAAGCAAGGAGAGGCGCAAGAACAGUCGUCAGCUCCUCCGAAUCUCAAUAUUUCUGCCGAUCGAGAGAAGGUGACGAACUAUACUUGCACUAUGGCAAAGCUAAACUAUACGUGCGCAGCUUUCCAAACGUCGACACAUUACCCUUAUAAUGACAAGGCGCCCCAAGAGGAACAGCACUUAGGUUUACAUAUAGACGUAGCUGGCACCGAGAUAACAUCGGGGUCGCCGCAACACGUCGCGACCCCCCAGCGGAUGGCUUUUGAGCGCAUUGCUAAGAGACUAUCUCUUCUCUUCUCCCUAGCGUCCAUAUCUACCUCUAGUGGACACCCGCCAUGCCAGAGGUUAAUGCGCCUUCAGCCUGACAUUGAACGUUGUUUCUUUACUUUCCCUGUUCUUUGUAGCGUAGUCUUCCGUGAGCUUGCUCUUCAGCACGACUCCAGGGCUCUGGUCAUCCUCCACCACUUUUAUCAAGCCGCACGUAUUUUGCUUACCAGCUCGACAUCUUGGUGGGCCCGCCAAAGGAGCCGCAUCGUCGAGUCUUUAAUUCUACAAGACUUGACAUCGAGGGGGCUGCAAACGUGUAUCUUGGGAGAAGCGAGGGACGGUGAGCCAAACUAAUAAUCACAACCCGAUUACCUACUAUUAUAAGUCAAAAUACUUCUACCACAGCCACGAAGAUAUAUGGGUAAAAGAUGUGGUGUUACCCGGAAUCUGUCACGGGGAGUGCCUAACGAUAAAUUCCAUAACCGGAUACCUAAGGUAAUAUCGUGUUGCCAUGACUUGUCGUCAAAGGAGUAAGCCUGUUUUUCUUUUAAUUUUCACCAUCACACCGUAUCUUUAUUUCUCUUCCUCGCCAGAGCAUAAGCACACCAUUGAGAGGCUUAGCUAACAAUAAGCUAGGUUAGAGACAUGGCAUCAUCUAGAUAUUUUAAUGCAAGCUAGUCUGGAUCUUCCUCCACGGAGG